CUGUCCACAAGGAUAAAGAAAUAGUUGAUAUUGAGCAUGAUUCUGAGGGAAGUUCCAAAAAGCCUAAACUCGUAAAACAACCAGGUUUUGAAAAUUUGUCGAAGUUCCGUUUCUUCUUUGAGAAGAAGUUCAGCUACCUUGGACAUUCAAUUGAGUCCCAAAAGUUCUUUGCAACUUGUAAAAAGUGCACCGAAGCUGGUAAAAAAAGUCGUGUCUACUCGUUUGAUGAGAGCAACUUUAAAGCAAACGGAAAUCGUCAUUAUAGAGUAUGGAUAACUUUAUAUACCUACGUGAAAUUUAUUAAGUGGUAACUAAAUUCGUUAAUUUUUAUCGAAUAUUUUUGCAGAACUCGCAUAAAGAUGUGGCUUUGGAAAUUGAAAUCCCACAAGAAAAUCAUAAGGUGAACGAGUUUUUUCACUCAAAUCAAAACAAAUAUAAUAAAAAUGACCCUAUCCAAUCAAAAUUCAACUCGAAUCUGCAAGAUUUGGUCUCCGUUGAUGGGCUCCCUUUCAGUUUUGUUAAUGGGAUAGGAUUCAGGAGCUUAGUAUCUGACCUUAAUCCACGAGUUAUAGUUCCUGACCGAGUGACCUUGGCAAGAAAAUUAGCAAACACGGUCAACAAGAUUAUAAAACCUAAAAUUAAAGAUCCACUCAACCACGUUCAGGAUUACAAUGUUCACAUAUCAUCUGACAUAUGGACAAGUAGACAGGGUGACGGAAUUAUGGGACUUAAAUACCAUUAUAUUCAGAAAGAUGAACAAAACCGGACAUGGAAAUUGGUGUCAAACGUCCUUUCAGCCGUGCAAUUUAAUGAGCGCCACACUGGAGAAAAUAUAAAGCACAAAUUCCAGCAAUCUCUAAACUCGUUAGGAAUUAACACGACCAAGAUCGGUUAUCUUGUGACUGACGGUGCUAGCAAUAUGGUGUGCGGCUUCAAGAAUUGGACCGAGGAGGCUGAAAAUCUUAUGACGGAUGAAGACGAUUCAGCUAUCGACCUUGAAGACGAUUCACAACCGGAAGACUCUGAUAUUAGUGAGAGCUCUGAGGAUGAAGAGGAAGAAAGUAAUGCAGAUGAUGAAGUCACUGUAGCGACGCCAAAUAUUACAAUUGGUGAAAAAGUCAGGAUUUCUUGUUAUGCACAUACCUUGCAAUUAGUUAUCAAAGACGUCAUUGGAAAAGGCGGGAGACCUAAAGAAGUUCUGGAUUGUGCUUUCAAAAUUGUAAAGUAUUUCAUGCGGUCGAAUUAUUGGAGAAAGCGACUUAAAAAAGUCGUGGGCAAAGUGUUGAUAAAGCCAGCUACUCGAUGGAAUUAUAUUUACUAUGUUUUGGAGCGUUUAUGCCAGGAUAAAGUGUACGGUGAGGUUUGUAAUCUAAUAAGAGCAGCCAGCACUUGUCCCAAGAAGCCAAAAAAUCUGCCACCCACACCAAGCAUCGAGCCGCAAGAAAAAAUGAUUGAAAUAAAAAAUCUCCUGAAGCCAAUAUGUGACGCAACGAAUAAACUUCAAGGUGAUGGGGUAACCAGUAGUUUGAUUUACUACUCGAUAGUCAAUGCAUUUAAUGAAAUUGCUAAAACUCCAACUACACGAUUCACUUGUAUGAAAGCACAAUUACUGGAUGGACUAAAAAAUCGAUUCGAGAAGGCAAUAAAUAAUGACCCACACAUCAUCCUGAGUGCUUUGUUGGACCCUCGCCAAAAAUCCGACGUGUUUAAAAUCAAACCUGCCGUGUAUGGAACCAGAAGCCUUGAAACUCCUUCAAUUGACAAGGUCACUGAUAUGCUCAAGUCAUAUUGCAAGGAAGAUCCUUCGGCUGAAGCAGCAUUACACACAUUUCCUGAAAACGAAGAUAACGACGACGAUCCAUUUUCCAUGCUGCCAAGGAUUGUCAAUUCGAGUAAUACUAUCGCUGAUGAAGUAGACAAAUAUUUAGGUCUACAAAGAGAACCGUCGAAAUCCGAUCCACUAGAAUUUUGGGCUAAAAACGAAACCAGCUUUAAAGAAUUAUCGAAUUUGGCCAGUCAAUAUCUUGCAAUUCCGGCAUCCACGGGCAGUGUAGAGCGGCUUUUUUCUCUACUGGGAUCAUUUGGACGUUCAAGGAGAUCAAGUCUGAACCCGAAGUCUUUGGAAAAUUUAGUGCUUCACCGAGAAUAUCGUCGUCCGAUUUUGAUGAGAGCUCAUCCAGCCAUAAAUCUCUCGAACAAAAGGAAAAUAAGUCUGGAGCCGGACAACAAGUGCAAUAAGCGGAAAACAUUGAGUACGCGAGCAAUUUGUUUUAUUAUUUAUAUGAAUUCUAUUUUUAGUAGGAGGAAGGGUACACAAAGGUGGUAAUAUUCGAUAUUGAUGCCGUUGGAUAUUUUGUUUUAUUUCGUUGAACGCAGAGCCAUCAGAAAAUGUUCGAGAUUAUUAAAUUGUCCGAAAAUUUAAAAAUAUAUUUUACAUAUGAGUAUGAUAAAGUAAUCAUCUAAGAUCACCAGUGGCUGCGGAAGCAAGGGAGUUUAACAUUGUGGGAUAAAGGGGGACUUGUGCAAAAUACGAUUUUGCUGAAUUUCCCCGUCUCAAUGAAGAUAAUGAGAAUGAAAAAUUUUGAAAAUCUAUCCAAAAUUGGAUUUUUGGUUUGGUGAAGGUGAAGGAUUUGGUUCUGCAAGUUAUUAUACAAAUUAUCUUUGACUGGUGUACCCCCCUCUUAAAUGACAAUGAAACCAUAUAUAUUUGAUCACAUUUGACUAUAAUCAAUUAUAUUUUGAUUUUAAUGUCAAUUGCUAAGAAUGGAAUUCAUCUAAACAAUAAAACAAAAUGGUACUAAUUCGCUCAAAAAUUAGUUAAUAAGUAGAUACCGUAUAUAUUUGUAAUACAAAUAUUAGAGUGGAUAUUACCGAUUUUAGCACAUAAAUAUUUCAAAAAGCCCCUACCUCUAAGAAUCUUGGAAAUUUUUUGACUCAAAUUCUUUCAUCAUUACCUUGAAAUUUAUGUCAAAUUUAAAGUUCGAGUUCGCCCGAGUAAUGCGGCAUAUGCAUAUUACAUAGUAAUUUGAACUCAAAUUGUGGAUGGGCUACCAUGUGCAAAUUGUGAAUACAAAAAUAAAUGAAUAAACCGUCGCAAACGCAUGUAGCUAAAGGGUGAAAUAAGUGUCCAAUAUACGUCAAAAUGAAUAUCAUAUUGCUUUUGCAACAACUUUUGGGACACUCAAUUUCCCUGUAUUUCAUCUUUAGAUUCAAUUUGAGUGAAAAUCUCAUUUUCCCCCUGACCACACCCUCAAGCGCCAGAUGGUGUGGCACAGCUCGGGAGCACUAAAUUUCACUUACACUCUUAGCAACUUGGUAAAGAAUUCCUAAUAAGCGUCUUUACCGAGCUCUUGGUAAUUACGCGUCCUACAAAAAGUAUACGGGAUUAUUACCGUAUCAAUACCAAACGGCACUCUUUACCAUAAUUUUAAUCAAGUGCAGUACAAAUUUUUUCCGUUGUGGUGCUGAUGAGAUCUACAUUUUGGUGUAGUUUAUUACCACAGAGUUUUAGUUUCCGCUCAGCUCAACUCAAGUCAACAUGCCGAAAUAAUCCCCGUGUCCAAUUCCAAAUUCUGCAUGUGGGAAAAACUGAUAAAAACUUUUGGAAAUUAAAUAGGAAUUUAGGAAACAGUGAAACGAAAAUUUGAGUUGGAAAUCGGAGGAGAGAUUUUUCUGCAAGACGACCAAGGGGGCGGAGAUCGACGACGAAGUAUUCCUAUCCUUGCUGAAAACCUUAUAACCCAAAACUUUGAAUUCUUUGUCAAAGGCGAAAUACAAACCGAAGUAAAAUUGGAUCCGGCCUGUCCAGUUUCAUCAAUAAUUUACGUUGCACGUCCUGAUGAGACGUCGAUAUCCAGUAAUGGUUUCCGAAAAACCCAAAUUUCCAAUGAGGUUGAUAUUUUCAGUCAGAUUGUAAACGCUGCAACGACUGAGAGCGCCGAAAUUUCCGUUUAGUAGCAGAGUGCAAUCAGAAAAACUGCUUCGAUAAACCGUCGUCGACAACUUUAACUUUCUCCUACAACCUCCGACCAGAAACACUUAACAGCUGUAAUAAUUAAGCUACUGCCUUCAUUGAGAUGUUCUAAGUCAGGGGACGGUCUGGACAUUUUAUUUGAUGACGUCAACCGAUGUGGACUCAUCCAAAAUCGACGAUUUAUCAGAAUUUGAAGGGGGAAUAGAAGAAUAAAUAUGUAAAUAUGUACAUGUAUGUAUGUAACUCAAUAGUUUGCAUUAUUCUUAAAUUUUGUAAUUAUGUAAGUAUGUUUUAAAAUGAUUUUACAA